AUGGAUCUUCCUAAGACCGAGGUAGACCUCAAAGCAGACAAUGCUCAUCUUGUCUACAUUCCCUCCGCCAUAUUUGCUGUGCUGUGUCCAAUCUUUGUAGCCUUGCGAGUAUGGGCUCGACUGCAACGAGGCGGCCAGAUGGGCGCUGACGACUGGACAGCUAUCGUGGCAUUGAUAUUCACCCUUCUCACCAGCGGAUUCUUGGUUGCCUCUUGUCGAUAUGGCAUGGGGCGCCAUUGGGUCACGAUAAAACCAGCCGACAAGUUUGAGACAAUGAAGUAUUUUUACAUGGCCCAGGUGACGUACAAGGCCUCCAUCAACUUCACCAAAUGCUGUAUACUCCUGCUGUACCUGCGUCUAUUUCGAAUCGUGCGCUGGUUCAAGUGGUCUUGCUGGGCCCUCCUCGGCUGUAUCGGCAUAUACUGCGCUGCCUCGGUCUUGGUCACCAUAUUCCAAUGCCGCCCUCUUGCCCGCGCAUUCGACAAGACGGUAGCCGGCACAUGCAUCGAUAUGAGCAAGUUCUGGUUCGCCAAUGCUGGCUUCUCCAUCGGCACCGACAUCAUCAUCCUCCUCCUGCCCAUGCCGCUCGUCUACCGCCUCAACGUGCCGCUUGCCCAGAAGGUGGCUCUCGCAGCUCUCUUUGCCGUCGGAACUUUUGUCGUUGCCACCUCGUGUCUCCGCGUCACCACCCUCGACGUCUUUGCGACCUCGCCCGACCACACGUACAACAUCGCCAACGUCAUGUGGACCAUCAUCGAGCCCAACGUGGCCGUACUGUGCGCCUGCCUGCCCAUCCUUCGCCCGCUUAUCGUCAAGCUGUUCCCCUCACUUGGGAGCAAGGGCUAUUCCGGUGACGGCAGCGGCUUGGGACACGGUUCAAAAUCGCGAAGGAGGUUGACGACGGCAGGUCCUUCGAGAAAUGACAAGCAAUGGCUCGAGCUCGGCAGUGUGAAGGCGGAAACGGCCAAAAGACAUGAGGAAGGCAUUCAAAGGCUCAGCUCCAGUGCCGGCAGCGACGAAAAUAUCUUGGCAGGAAGGCAGACCGGUAGGAGCUUGGAUGGCAUUCACAAGACGGCCGAGCACAACAUCAAAUUCGCACAGCAAAGUUCCAAUUAA